AUGAUAUAUUUAGUUAAAAAUAAUCUCGUAAUUUUUACGCUUCUUAUCGUAUGUGUUCCUUUGGUGUUUUCUGAUGUAAAUAUCGAGACUCCUACUGGAUUGAUUUUUACUGGAAGUUUAAUUACAAUCAGUUGGAGCAUUUAUGAUAAACCACCGACACAACCUGCUUCGUUAACAAUUCAAAACAGUCAAACAGGCGAAUUUACAAUAAUUGAUGAUAAAUUAAAUCUUCAAACCUUAAUCAAAACAUGGGAUGUUUCAGUAACUGAGGGUAUUUAUUUUUUAUCAAUAAGAGAUGGUAACAGCGAAGUACAUUCUGGCGAUUUUACCGUUUUUACUGCUCAAGUAAUUCCUAAACCAACCUCAGACUAUAAAGUCACGACCAUCAUUGCGGUUAUUUCAGUUGGAAGCGCUGUGAUUUUGAUUAUAGUGCUUGUUGGAAUUUGGUAUAUUAAGUGGAGGCAUAAAAAAGAACGUGAAAUUUAUGAAAGCGAUAUUCCAUAUUCUGAAAAAAAAAAUGACGAUGAACUUGUUUUAUCAACCGAUGAAAAAAAAUAUGG